AUGUCCAAGUCAAUGGCUGCUGAGGAGAUCCCUUCCGAAGUGGUGAGGGACAGCGACGCCCUUCACCUAGCGCAAUUGGGCUACAAGCAGGAGCUAGACCGGAACUUCAGUCAAUGGACUCUGAUAUCGUUUGGUGUGACUCUUUCUGCCACUUGGGUAGCUAUCGGAGGGGCUUUAGGGACCGGAAUCUAUAAUGGCGGUCCUCCUGGAAUCGUUUAUGGAUUUAUUCUGGUUUUCUUUGGCCAAUGCUUUGUUGGAGCUACCAUCGCCGAGUUUGCCUCCUCGUAUCCUACAACUGGAGGCAUGUACCAUUGGACUGCCAUGUUGGCUCCCGAGAAAUACGCCCCGACCCUGUCAUAUAUCACGGGAUGGAACACCGUCUUGGCUUAUAUUGUGUCUGUGGCUUCUGUUACCUGCGUCUCUGGCCAACAAAUCGUGGCACUGGCAGGAAUUGCCAAAGAAGAUCUCGUGGUUCAACGCUGGCAUAGCUUCCUGACCAUGGAACUCCUCAACUUGGUGACCCUGAUUAUGGUCGUAUUCUUCAACAAAAUAUUCCCCCUAUUGAACGGGGUCGGACUGUGGUGGUUUCUAUCCUCUCUUGUUAUCAUCUCAGUCACGGUUCUUGCCAUGACGCCAGGGUUCAGAUCUCCACACGAUGUUUUUGUGGAAUUCAUCAACAAUACUGGGUGGUCCACGAAUGGCAUGGCCUUCAUCACUGGCAUCGUCAACCCGCUCUUUGCUAUAUCCGUGCUGGACUCAACCUGUCAUAUCUCGGAGGAAGUCCCAGAACCCGAAAAGAAUGUGCCUAAAGCAGUCCUUUACACACUGAUUGCGGCCCUUGUUGAAGGCUGGCUUUUUAUGAUGGUCAUCUUCUUCUCCUACCAGGAUCUGGAUCUUAUUCUUGAAAAUCCUUGGGAGUUGCCGAUCGCGGAACUUUUCCACCAAGCCACAGGAACACGCGCAGGUACUUUUGGCUUAACAUUUCUGCUUAUGGUCUCGGGGUUGUGGACCGUGUGGAACUGUCAACUUAGUCAGGGGAGAAUAUACUGGUCCUUCGCUAGGGAUAACGCUGUCCCGAUGAGCCGGUUCUUCAGUCACGUCGAUAGCAACUUGAAAGUCCCUGUUCGAGCCCAUUUACUCUGCGCAUUCAUUGUGGCACUUCUUGGGCUGUUGUAUAUGUGGGCUGAGACCGCAUUUGCCGCAUUUAUUUCCUCGGCCAACAUAUUCUUCAACAUCACCUACCUGAUUCCUCUGGUCGUGAACAUCGUCCGCCAGCGCCGCUCGUUGGUGCCGGGCUGGUUCUACAUGCGCCGCUUCGGGAUGCUGAUCAACAUCAUCGCAAUGGUUUGGCUCCUAUUUUUGAUCGCUUGUCUGGGGCUUCCAUACGUCAUGCCUGUUACACCUGAGAACAUGAAUUACACAUGGGUGAUUGUCGGCGGGGGUCUCUUAUUCGAAGUCGUUUUAUUUGCCUUCAAGAGACGGGAAUACAGAGGACCAGUCCUCAAAGGUUUAGAAGUGGUUAUGGAAAGCGAAGAAGUCCUUGAUGUCCAUGAUUCCGACAAUCCUAAGAAAAAGAUUUGA